AUGACAAAUUUUGCCUUAUACAUAUACUAUAAGCAACAAGAUGAGUUGGAUCAACAAUUUUCAAACUUAAAAAAAGAUGAUUUCUUGUUAAUUAUAAUAAAUUAUUAUGGACAUGAUGUAAUUUGUACAGAUGAAACUCAUGGUAUGAAUUCCCAUCACUUUAAUUUAACAACACUCUUAGUACUAGACGAUAUGAGAGAAGGUUUUCCAUGUGCCUUUAUGAUUAGUAAUCAUAUCAAUGAGGCAGUACUGACAAUAUUUUAUUCUAAAAUAAAAUCAUUAACAGGACAAUUGCAGCCCAAUGUAUUCAUCUCCGAUAUGGCUGAAAGUUUUUUUUAUGCAUGGAUUGUUGAAAUGAAAAGUCCAAAACAUAGAUUAGCCGAUAUAUGUUGA